AAAGUCAUCUUUGACAAGUAUUCAUACCAUAGUAGAUUCAAUGAUUUAAAACCCAGUCUAAAGAAAUUCAGCUUGCCAAAUGGUCAAGUGGUUUUUGUACGAGCAGUAAUAGGGAUUGUAUCACUGUGGUGGACUUUUGGUAGCGGCACCAUACUUGAUGUUGGAAGUAAGUAACAAGCUCUCUUUAUAUUUCUUUCUGAUAAAAUGUGGUAUUUACUUUCCUAAACUCUGUCUCUAUUAAAAUAUUUUGAUUUUAGAUAUUUUAGAUGUUUUUCAAAUUACAUUUGAAUAGUAUUGGAUAUAGUAAGCAUCAUUGUUGCAUUGUGUUCAUGGUAGCCUUCACUGUUACUGUGAAGACAAACGGUCUCAGUUUGAAACCGACUUCAUGAUCUAACAUGUUUGAUACGUAUUUAAAAUUAAUUUAUGCUCAAAUUCUGCAAAUACUAUGAAUAUGAGUAGGCUAUUCUGAUCAGAUCCAUUCCUAAACAAUAUCUGUAUGACAUGUGUAACUGACACCAUAUGAAUAGUAACUCUAGUUAUUUAACCACUUUAUACUUGUUAGGUUCAUAAAUGUGCUUUGUAUCAUGUUAAUUUAGUGUUUUCUCCACAUCUUUUAAACAAUGUAACUUUUAUUUUCAUAUUUAGAAGGCAUUUCCAAUUCACUUUAUUUUUAUGUGUUCUUUGCUGAAGAUCAUUUCUUACUGUAGCUGUACUUGAUGUAGUUACUUAGUUGAUGUGUUCUGUUCGUUCCAGGUAACAGUGCCCCCACCCUCACCGUCCUGCCCCCCUCUAGUGAGGAGCUGUCCAGUACAACAACAGCCACACUGACGUAUCUGGCCAACAAGGGCUUCCCCUCAGACUGGACCAUGAGCUGGAAAGUGGAUGGGACCGGCAAGAAGCAGGAGGCCAGUCCCGGGGUCCUGGAGAAGGACGGCCUGUACAGCUGGAGCAGCACCCUUACUCUCACUGCCCAGGAGUGGACCAAGGCAGGAGAGGUGACCUGUGAAGCCCAGCAGAAAUCCCAGACUCCAGUCACCAAGACCCUGAGGAGGGCUGACUGUUCUGGG